AUGGCACCUCUACGAGUGCUUGUUCUUCCGGCUCUCGCCGCCGUCGCCGCCGCCAUCAACGUAGCUGACUACGUCCCGGCCUGCGGGGCCCCGUGUAUCACUGAGGCCGUCGACAAGCACACCACUUGCGAUGAGGGCGACAACGCUUGUAUCUGCGCCUCCGUCUAUACCGUCAAGCGCGACGGUGAGAUCUGCCUGCGAAGGGAUUGCUCUACGACUGACUAUGGCAGUGUCAUGAAGGGCAUCGACACCUUCUGUGCCGACGUCGCCGCUGGCCCAACUGGGCCGACUACUAGCUCCACCCCCGAGCCUACCCCUGAACCUACUAGCAGCUCUUCUUCCGCCUACCCGACAUCGCCGUCGCCCUCUUCUUCAGAGGAGACCAGCUCUACUGAGACCCCGAGCUCUAGCUCCAGCGGUGGUUACCCCACGGAAUCUCCUUCCAGCUCCACCGAGGUGCCCAGCUCCAGCUCUAGCGGUAGCUACCCUACCGAGUCUUCCUCCAGCUCGGAGACCGCCGCCCCGCCUUCUUCCUCUUCCCCGGCUCCUCCAGUGUCUUCGGGAACUAGCUACCCUACCGUGCCCACCGGCACUGGUGGCCCUACCACCCCCGUUCCUCUCGGAUCUAGCACCUUUGCCCCUACUGCCCCGUCUUCCGGCGGCCAGGUCCCUACCGGACCUUCUUCCGUCCCCGAGGGCUUUCCCUCCAGCGCCCCCUCCGGCAGCGCGACCGCCACUCCCGUUGCCCCUGGCGCUGGUGCCCGCGCCGAGGCUCGUCUCGGCGCCAGCGUGGCGGCUCUCGUCAUCGCCAGCGGAAUCAUGUACUUCGCCUUCUAA